AAAAUACACUUUAGACGGACACUUGCCAUCGAAGCAGCGCAAAGGAACCUGAAGACCUUCCUUUGACGCCAAAACUUCUACGAAACAGUAAUGAUUUCACCAAUUGGUUUACAAUUCUUUGCUAAUUGAGGGUUUGAUUGCAAAGCCAAUCUAAAUUAUCCAUUUUUUCAAUCAAUUUUAGUCUGGAGUGAUGAACUUUGGAGAAUUUAUAGCAAUGAUUUGCUAAUUGAUCUGAAAAUGAACACAAAUACAAAGACGGGGCCUCCUACUUUCAAGCUCGUCCUUCUGGGUGAUGGGAGAGUUGGAAAAACAUCCCUGGUCUUGCGAUAUGUAAAUAAUGUCUUCUCUGACUCACAAACAGCAACAAUACAAGCUUCUUACCUUACAAAGCGUCUCAAUAUUAAUGGAACGGUUGUGACGCUUUCCAUUUGGGAUACAGCAGGCCAAGAGCGAUUUCAUGCUUUAGGCCCUAUUUAUUAUCGAGAUGCAGAUGCAGCACUGUUGGUGUAUGAUGUCAUGGAUAAGGAUACCUUCACUCGUGUUAGGAAUUGGGUGAAGGAACUUCGCCAGAUGGCAUCCAAGAACAUAAUAUUAGCAAUUGCUGCAAAUAAGAGUGACUUAGUAAGGUCACAAAAGAUUGAUUUACAAGAGGCAGAAAGGUAUGCAGAAUCAAUUGGAGCAAAGCAUUUUGUCACAUCAGCAAAAUUAAAUACAGGAAUUGAGCAAGUGUUCCUUGACAUUGCUACUCGAGCACUGGAGAAAAGGAAAAGUAUCAUAGAAGAACUUCCUUCUAUUCCUCAAAGAAAAGGCAUGGUUAUUAUUGAUGAGCAACCUGGGCCACCACCUCAGUCAAAAUGUUGUUCUUGAAUUAUCUUGGACCAACUAAAAAAUUCUUUACUAUUUUACAAGAGAAGAAAGGAGAUACAAAUCUCUAAGCUGGCACGUAUGCAGAUUAUCCUGAUUUGAAUGCACAUGGUUACUUCCUAACCUUUCUGUUUUUAACUUGUAUAGAACUAAUUAGCCAGAGGAAGUGAUCUGGCAGAGUAGUCUUCUUAUAGCUGGAAGGAAAAUAGUUGUUCUACCAUUUCUUUGGUUAAUAUCUCAAUUCUAUAGGAGUCUGUUAUACAGAAUCAUCCUCAAUAAGAAAUCUCUCAUUCCCAUUUUGUGUGCUAGAAUUUUGUUUUAUACCAUUAUUUUUAUCAAAAAUCAAGGUGGAACUUCUAUGCAAUUUGUUUAGCAAUCA